AUUGCUUCAUCGUUUUUUACCAUAGUAAACAGUUUGUAUAUUUCCUUCCUCGUCUUUGCUACCUCUCAUGAUGGGAAUGUAGGGACGUUUUUAUGGGCCUCAGUGAGCUUUCCACCAAACCGCAUGUGUUUUUGUGCUCUCAAUUCUGUGUUUCCCCUCCCCCCACUCUCUCUUGUUAUCUCACACCUUAACCUACCUGGCUGGCUCUGUGUACUGCGCAGACACACCCGGCCACUACGUUUCAACCAAUCACUGCUCCCACACACAGACACCAAGGAGGUGUACUUCCUGUAUUUCACGAGAAUGGAAUGGGGCUGCAGACAGAAGAGGCUUUAGUACUCUACUUUGCCAUGGGGGGCCCCACAUAGGCAACCUCAUGGGUCGGGGUAAAAGGGACUAAAGUACUGGACAAGCUUGACCGACUUUUGCUUGAUUUGCGAUAGAUCUCCCUAUUCAGCAACAGCCGCAGCGAGGACGAGGCAGAGAUAAGGAGGAGGGGAAUGAUAAGUGUCAAUCUGUUGAAACUUGUUUCGGAAUUUGAGAAAGGAGGGGAGGUGGGGCGAGUCUGAGAGAGAGGCAGGAAGAGGGAAAAACAGGGAGAGUUCAGGCGUAAACAUUACGCUUUUCACAAGAGUUAAAGUAUUGAGGGGAGAGGGAGGCUUCAAUUGAUUCAAAAAUGGAGGACAUUUGCUAUGUCAGCGAGACAAUGUGUAAACAGGGAAUGCAUUUUUGUGUGUCGUGUAAUCCCAUGCUUUUGAGUUGAGCUGGACCCGGGAGGGGGGGACCACAGACCUCCCCAGCAUACUACAUACAGGUUCUCCAAAUUAUGAUACAAUGGGGACCAAAAGGCCUGGCUGGAACCUCUUUGACACUUUAUCUAGCAAAAACAAAUCUGACUCCAAACUUCCGCCAGGCGGAAAGAUUUCCCGUGAUCCAAGUCCCAGCCAAGCAAUGAAUGCCCAGACGGAGCGAGAGAGAAGAGACAGUAAGCAAGAGGAAGACCGGAGGAACGAGAGAGAAACGUUAAAAAAGAGGGACAAAGCCAGAAACAAAGAAACGGACCCACGCAUUAGGUAUUAUGAAAGGGAUCAAGCUCCUGCACCCCGGUUGAGAGAGGGAGAAAGGGAGUGGAGGGAGAGAGAAAGGAGGCAAGGAGAUGACAGAAGCAGGAACGGCCGGCCGCUGUCGUAUCUAGAGAAGAUCACCAUGAUAGAUGUAGAAAGUGCUACGAAGAAAGGAGACACUUUUCCCAGAAUGAGAAAACCAAGCACGGAUCGUGUGAAGGGAAUGCCGUCCAACGCCGGGGUGGAUGAGGAGAGAGGAGAAAUAAGACGAAGAGACGGGCCGAGAAGAGCAGAGCCUGAUGACUGGGAGCGAGAAAGAGAAAGGGCACGACAGAGAGAGAGGUACAGAGAAUGGGAAAGAAAUGAGAUCCGAAGCAGGGGAAAGGAAGAGGGAACAUACACUAUAGGAAGACCUGGAGUAAGGGAGGAAUUCAGAAAGAGGGAAAGGUAUCGGGAUGCUGAUGAUGGUUUUAAAGAUAGGAUAAGAGAAAGGGGUCAUUCGCUGGACAGAAGAGAGAGGGAUGCAGGUAGAAAGAGAGAAAAGCCAAGGCCAAACAUGGGAGAGAGGGAGGCCAGGGUGCCUUCUCCUCACAAUCCAAGAGUCAUCUACCCAGAUAGGAACGACAGGGAGAUGGCUCCAAGGGGAGAGGGAAGGAGGGACACCAGGAGUGAAGGAGACAGUGACGAAAGAGAGCGGAAGAGGGAGAGAGUGAGACACAAAGAGAGGCAGGAGUUGACAUAUCACCACAGCAGAAGUGAGGGGGACGAUGCGGGAAAAAUGCAGAGGGAGAGAGAUCAAGAUAGGAAAGGAUACAGAGAAGAGGACAGGCAGAGAUAUAGAGACGGGGACAGAGACGUGGAUCGAUCAAGGAGGAAGGGGGCGAAGCAAGAUGAAGUGAGGUACAGAGAGGUUGAUCGGCGAGUUGAAAGGGAGGGAGGUGGAUCGAAGGAACGUGUGACAGAUUUGAAAUACGAUAAGAGAGAGGGGGACAGAAACAGACAGUACGAGCAGAGGACAGGCAGGAAAGUAAAGGAGGGAGAUCUAAGGAGGGAUGAUAAGAAAGCGGUUAGAAGCCUUUCCCAAACUGAGACUCUUCCUAGGGUGCCGCCACAAGUCCAGAGCAGCGGAGGGUGGAGCAGCGACAUGGACUGCGAGGUGAGGUAUAGAAGAUACAGGGACAGUAACAAAGACAGGGAAUCGGGGCGACACCGCACUGCCGGAAAAGACGGGGACGUAGAGAAACAGAGAAAUACAGCCAGCGAAAGAAGUCAAAGGGAGGAAAGAAGACACGAGCGGCAAGACAGAGUCAGGGGAGAGAUGACGAUGCAGAGGAGGAUGUGGUUAGAGCCACAGAGGGGCCAGACUAGUAAAGAAGAGUUUGUUGACAGAGAAAGACACGCGAUGAGGACGAUGAGGAGGAGCGAAGAAGAGAGGAGCCAGGAGUUAGGGGGUGAGUGGGAAAGAGAGGGGCGGCGCGUGAAAGAGGAACCAGAGGAGAAGUACUUGGGCAAAAGUCACUACAGGGAAAAGCAGGAAGGGAGGAAUGGGCAAAGGGGAGACGGAGAAAGGGAGGGAGUGGGUGUAAGCGUAGACGGAGAGGAGGUGGGGGGAGUAGAAAAGGGUGGUAUGGAACAUCAGUCUGACGGCGAUGGAGGGAUAGAGCGAAGCUGGCAGAGUGAGACAGAGGCAGAGAACGUGAGAGACCACACAGAGGAGAGUGACAGGGAGGAAGAGGGGGAGGAGGGCAGUUAUUCGGGUCGCUCCGAGAACGAAGGAGGAAGCGAGACAGGGUGGAGGCGUGACAGAGUUCAAUCAGGAGAGGACGGUUUUGUGACCGUUUCGAGUGGUGGAGAUGACGAGGAGGAUGAAAGGGAGGAGGAGUUCGAGGACUGUCCGGAAUUCUGGGAAGGCGCAUCCGAUGGCCGCCCACCCGUUGCCGUCGAGGGGUGUGAGGGAGACAUGGAGGAGGGAACGGGAAAGGAGGAGGCGGAUGAUGAAGCGGAGAGGGAGAAGCAGAAAAAGUACGUCUUCUGUGUAAUUGGGCAAACGAUGCCCCGGUCAAAACCCACCAAGACGUCACCCUCACAACUUGAUCACAUGGAAGGUGUUGAAACAGGAACCCUAAACAUAGAAAUUCCUAUUGGUUGCAGCGAAGAGGCUGCACAGCGGCCUCAUCCUGACCUGAGUAGAAAUGAUGAUCCUCCCAUUAUCGUCAUCCAGGACACAGAGAUUAAGAGCGGGUUUGACCCCCCGGGGGAGGAAAGGCCAGCCACAGGAGAAGCAACCGGAGGGGAUGUCAGACACACAGAGUUGAGGAACAAAGUCGAGCCCCCAAUCGCCAUUAAAAGAGACCUGCGGACUGAAAAACUUCUCACAGAGUGGAGAGAAAAAAAUCAAGAUGGGGUGGAAGAUGAGAGGGAGCCGACCACGCCAGUCCCGAGUAAUCCCUAUGGGGAUGUUUGUUCUGAGCUGAAUAUGAAACAAAUUCAACCCCUCUUGGAAGCAAUCAAUGCUGCCGCAAUGAGUCCAGAAGAGGUGGAGGCCAUUCGGAUUCGAUUGAGCGGGACGUGGAGCAUGUCCGAAGAGCCCAAGCGGCAUUCCCAAGCCCCUCAUCUCAAAUGGGCCAAAGAUAUAUUGCAGGAGAUCUUGGGACAUUCAGAGGAAAAUACCGUUGAUGAUCCUCAGAUCAAGAGCGACAAUGGACAACGGCGGGAGGCCACAGAGGCGCCUGUUUCCACAGUGGGAGCGGACAAACGGCGCUCGGAGCCAGAGCUGCAGGAGGAAGAGCCGUUGGAGGUGGAGGGACUGAGAGGUAUGGAGCAGAGCCAAAAUGACAUGCAUGCUGAUGAUAAGUUCACAUCUAUGCAUGUCGGUGACACACCCACAUACACUCAUGCUGACAUACCGCUAGGCACAGAAGGGAAGGAGGAUCAGAGUUUGGACAAAGUCACCGAGCCGUCUGGUCACCUUCAGUUAGAGGAUGCAGUUGUAGAGGAGAGCCAUAGUGAAGAGGUGGGUGAGGAGGUGAAAUUAUCAGAAAUGGAAAAAGAAGCAAGAAGGGAGAAGGAGAUGUAUUUAUCGGUGAGCAACACGCUCUACAAGCCUAACAGCUGCCCCAUUCUGAAUUAUGAAUCUGAGUCGGACCUCCUGGUUCCCUCCAGAAAGGGACAGGGUGGCCAGGAGUUGGAAGAGAGAAGUGGUGAGAGCGAAGAGGAGAUACAGAGAGAGGAGCCUGGGCAGAGGAGCUCUGUAGGAGAUGUAGGAGAGAUAAGCAAGGCAGACAGCAGAGAAGGAGAAGUUGUUACAGAAAAUAAAAAGGCAGGGGGCACUCUGAAAAGCAGCUGCAGUUUCCGUGAUUUGGGUCAUGAAGCUCGGUUCCGCAGAAGGGGUAUCCGUAAAACCACUGAAAGAAGGAAUGGAGAGCAUUUAAAAGUGGAAGAAAAAGAAGACGAUGGUGCUGGAAGGGAUCGCAGAACCAGAAUAUUCUCUACAACAGAUGAUGAGGAUGAUGAUAAAAGCAAAAGCUGGGGAGAAGUAGAGCUGAGGACUGUUUUGGACACAAUUGAAAGACGGAAAAGGAAUUCAAGGUUUUUCAAUGCCGCCCAGCUCUACCAGCAGUACAGCGAGGCCGCCCAGAACUUUGAGAUCCAGCGGCAGGCUCGCCCCGAAGUCGUCUCUCUGCACGAGGACAACAUCCCGUCUCCGUCUCCCCAUUCCGCGUCCAGGCCUCUUCCUCCCAUCCCUCCUGUCCCGCACCCUCACUCCUUGCCCCACGUGGGCUCCGUCACCAGUGCCAAAAACUUGCCUCUCCCUGAGCCCCCCAAGAGCGAAGGCAGGCCCUCCUCGCCGCGUCUGUCCGUCUCUCUCUCUCAGUCGUCCACGCUGUGGCGGGAGCUGCCGGGGGUCCGGGGCAGCGGUGAGCUGGAGGAGCUCACAGAGGACCAGAGGCGACUUCAGGAGGUGAGAUUCGAGGUUGUGACGUCAGAAGCCUCCUACUGCCGGAGUUUGGACAUUGUUGUUGAACACUUUGUACAGAGCAAACCACUCGGGGCGCUGUUGACUACUCAGGAUAGGAACUGGCUGUUUUCACGGCUUGCUGAUGUUCGCGCCAUCAGCCACAGUUUUUUAUCAAAGUUGGAGGAACGGGUGGAAUCUGACAUGAUACAGUUCACCGUGUGCGACAUCAUUGCUCGGCACUGUCAGCGCUUCAAAAUGGUUUAUGUUCCCUACCUCACCAACCAGUCCUAUCAGGACGCCACCUACCAGAGACUCAUGAAUGAGAAUCCAGGGUUUAGGAGAAUUGUGGAGCGGUUGGAGAGGAGCCCUGUUUGUCAAAGGCUUCCUCUUCGUUCCUUCCUCGUCCUUCCCUUCCAGAGGAUCACACGCAUUAAGCUACUGGUCCAGAACAUUGUAAAGAGAACAACUCCUGGUACUGUAGAGGCAGCUCAGGCAAUCAAAUCGUUGAAACUUCUAGAGAAGAUGAUUCAACAAAGCAACGACAGCAUCACUCAGAUGAAAAGCAUUGAGUCGCUGGUCUCCCUCAAUGCAAAGGUGGACUUUGAAUGCAGGACUCUUCCUCUGAUCAGUCAAUCUCGGAGGCUGGUGCGGGAAGGGGCGCUCAUCGAACUUAUGGAUAACUGUCAAAAGGAGACAGAGAGGAGUGUUUAUUUGCACCUGUUCAAUGACUACUUGCUGCUGUCACUUCUAAAAGAAGGGGGAAGGUUUACAGUAAUAGACCACUGUCCUGUAUCAGACCUGCGUGCCGAGAACUUUGGCUUCAAGCUUCACUCCCUUCAGAAGAACCUGUUCCGGCUGCACAUGACACACAGAUCCCCGGUGCUACGGACUGACACACAUAGCGAUAAGCUACGUUGGAUGUCUGCGCUUUCGCCGACGAAUCCUGAAAUCGAUUUUUUUGACGUAAAAGAUUUGCCACAGAUGCAGUGUAUCCGAGCUAUUGUUUCACAGCAGCCUGACGAGCUGUCGUUGGAAAAAGCAGAUAUCAUUCAAGUGCAUCAACAAAGCAGUGACCAUUGGGUAGAGGGGACAAGACUGUCCGAUCGGAGUCAUGGAUGGGUGCCCGAGUCACAUUUGGAAACCAUAACCAACCCAAAAGUCAGACGACGCAACUUGGAGGACGCCCUAAAACUAACAACUGCCACAGGAGCUGUUUGACGAUGCGCCGACUUAAUAAAGGAGAGCGCUGGGUGCGGCGUAAAGGAUAAGACACUGUUAACUGCUACACACUGCUGCAAAAUGGAUAUUGGAAAUUAAGUGCCCCAAACAGGGCAUUGUAUUGAUCACAAUAGUGAAGUCAAUGAGAUGCUGUAAGAAUGGACCCCAACGUGGCAUUGGGUCUCACUCGGUUAAACAAUACAAUGCUGUUUUAGCAAUCCUGAACUGCUGAGACCUUCCUGAAAGACAUUGAGGACAUUGGGAUUAUUUUAAGUGUUGUCUGCAGGACAAAUAUUGUGUGUGCUGUUUUAUGAAUUAACUGUUCAAUGUUCAAUGAACUGUUGUUUUAAGAGAAAAUGCUUUCAAAAGGGAAUUACAGGAAAUUCUAUGCUUGAAAAAUGAUUGUAUUAUAGAUGUGUCUGGUUCACAUCAUUUGUACAUUUUUUGCCCUGCUGAGCUGAAAGAAAUCAUGCAUAUUGUAAAAGGUUACCAUAUAAGCUGUUCUGGUCAUUCAUAAGAUAACUAUGACGUAAUAAACAUCAGCCCAACAACGCUGCGCGUACAAAGAAAGCCUUCACUGAGACUGUUUACUGACUUUGGUCUUCGAGAGCUGCUAUUGACCGAAGAAAGAGGACGUGCAGAAAAUGCACGUAGCCCGGCUGAGGCGUGAUCGUAGGCGUGACCCCAACAUCGGCCUAGCCGGGUUCUAGGACCUGCUACUGGUUAUUUGUGCGAUCAUUCAGGGAAAGAAAACUGAGAGGCGAGCGAGAAACGAAAAAGGAUUGAGGGGCCCAUCCGAUGUAUUCACCAGUGUCCUUUAAAAUACUCCGCUGCAGAUCCGCCUCUGCUUCCCUCUGAAUGGACGUUCUGCUGUCAAUCUACAGGCUCGUCGCUGAUUGGUCACAUAUGUAGUGGGCGAGCCUUGCAGUAUUUGUUGUUUUCGUUCAGGAGUAAAGACUAGUCGACAUCUUUGAAAUCGAUCGUUUUCCCGUAUAUUCUAAGAUAAUUUCGACCCACUGCAUCAAUUUCAGAACCUUUAAGACUCAAGGGACCGGUGGCGUCAACCUGGACUUUGUCGUGUUUUGAGGGAAGCUUGUUUCUGUCUUU